GGCCGUAGAGAGAACGCGUCUGGGAACAACUGCAAGCCAAGCCCAGCCGACCAACAACGACCAUCCACAACUUGAUUGCGACUUACUUGUUCAGCCUCCACAUCACCAUCAAACUUCUGUCCUAAACACCGGCCAAACGACCAAACCACAACAAACUUUUAUUCUCAACAUGACCGGCAGAGGUGGUGGCGGCAACCGCCGUGUUCUUCUUCCUCCCAUCAACUUCCUCUUCCGUCUUUUGCAACAACACUCGACCGUCCAAAUCUGGCUGUACGAGCAGCUUCACAUUCGCAUCAUCGGCACCAUUCGUGGCUUCGACGAGUUCAUGAACCUGGUGAUCGACAAUGCGAUUGAGGUCAAGCUGGUCUCCAAGACAAACGAGACGGAGGAGAGGAGGGAGCUUGGGCAAAUCCUCCUGAAGGGCGACAAUGUCUCGCUCAUCCAGAGCUACUCCGGGUGAAGAGCUCCAAACCUGAAGGAGAAGCGGUAAUCGACGAUGCAAUUUACGCUGGGACCUACAUCGAGCGACGAGCCAGCAGAUCUAAAGCUGUACAUAGACGGCCCACAAAGAUGUGGUGCGUGGCCUUCUACACAACAAACGACACCGAAUCUACGAAAGAGAUACCAGGGAAAAGCGAUUGGCCGAGGCGCACAGGAAUGUCGACUAUAUGUAUUUGAUCAAAGGAAGGCAGUACGGGAUGGAUAUCAGGUCAUGGAACUAUUUGGGUGCAGGAGGGCUCUUAAUCUCGCCAUUUCCGAGUAUCAGGCCGUCCAGAGGUUGAUCGUGGCGACCAACAGGUACCGACCCCUCGGAUGGAGAGGAUAGAAACUGCUCAGACAGCGCUAAGCCAUAAAGCAAUACAGGGGUUUCCUGCUUCCCCAGCUCGAC